AUGCAUGCAGAGGGAUUGUUGGUGCGUGGGGGAGAGCUGAAGAUUAAGGAGAUUGAGGUGCAGUGUUACCUAUUUGUGUUACUGGGAUCCACGCUUUUUGUGGAUAAGAGUCGUGAUCGCCUUCGUCCUGCGAUCAACUUGUUUCUGAAGGAUCAUCGACGAUUGACUGAUUACGCUUGGGGAGCUGGUGCACUAGCCUAUCUCUACAGACAGUUGGGAGUGGCCACACGAGCGGGUAGUAAGGGUCUUUGUGGUUGUUUGACCCUGCUUCAGGCUUGGAUAUAUGAGUACUUUCCUCUAUUCCGUCCGAGCCAGCUGCCGCAGUCUCCGGAUGCACCUCGUGCUUCCUCGUGGAUUUCUCCCCGUUUGCCAGAUGGGGAUGAGGCUAGACAGAGGUUAGCACGUUAUCGACAGUUGUUGGAUGAGCUUUCAGCUGAUGAUGUGACCUGGACUCCGUACGGAUGA